AACCACAUUUUUCUCUGUUUUUAGCUUCAGUUGUAUCCUUACUAUUCUUUAUGCAGUUGUUACUAGGCUUAUGUUAGUUGAAGUCCCGGUUCAUGAUGAUCAUCAUCCUCAGCUACUUUCCAGUUUCGUGUUUUCUUUGAAGUUUGAAGACUUAUCAUGGCUUUCAAUUUGUGGAUAACAGUUAGUUGUUAUAUUAACAGUUAUUAAAAUAGAAGUUUUAUUCUGCUGAAAAGUCAGGAUGGCGUCAGGCGCUGGGGAAAGCGCAGGUGCGAGGACCAGCAUUGCCAAGCAGUUCUUCACUGGUGAAGAGGACACUGCCAUUGAUAUGACCACCAGUGAGAAGGUUGUUGACCUGUUGAACCAAGCUGCCCUGAUAUCUACAGAAGAGAAACUCACAGUUUUGAAGCAGGUUCAAGAACUGAUCAUUAACAAGGACCCCUCCCUGCUGGACAAUUUUUUAGAUGAGAUCAUAGCGUUCCAGACUGAUAAGUCAAUGGAAGUUCGGAAAUUUGUAAUUGGAUUCAUCGAGGAGGCAUGUAAGAGGGAUAAUGAGCUGUUGCUGAAGCUGAUUGCUAACCUGAACAUGCUGCUGAAGGAUGAAAGUGUAAAUGUGAUGAAGAAGGCCAUCCUUACCCUCACUCAGCUGUACAAAGUUGCCCUCCAGUGGUUGGUACGUUCCAAGGUAGUUUCAGAGAUACAAGAGGCAUGCUGGGACAUGGUGACGCAGAUGAAGGAAGAUGUGCUGGCCCUACUAGACUCGGACAAUGAUGGCGUGCGCACUCACGCCAUCAAGUUCACAGAGUCGCUCAUCAUCACCCUCUCUCCUCGCACCGUGGACUCUGAUACGCCGCGUCGGCAGGAGGGCGACAUCAGCCUUGAUAAGAUCCCAAAAGACCAUUCUUACAUUCGCUAUGAUGCACUUCGUGAAGAAGGCAAGUCCGCUCUUCAGCAGCUUCUCAAGUUCAUGGUGCAUCCAGCCAUCUCCAGCAUCAACCUGACCACUGCGCUGGGUUCGCUGGCCACAGUGGCGCGGCAGAGGCCCAUGUUCAUGUCGGAGGUGGUGCAGGCCUACGAGACUCUUCACGCCAACCUGCCGCCGACACUGGCCAAGUCUCAGGUGAGCAGCGUGCGGAAGAAUCUGAAGCUGCACCUGGUGUCAGUGCUGCGGCACCCCUGCAGCCUGGAGUUCCAGGGCCAGAUCAGCACACUGCUGCUUGACCUGGGCAUGACGCAGAGCGAUAUCGCUCGGUGCACGCCAGCCCCACGGGACAUGCGCAAGAGAGCCCGACACGACCCCUACACCGAGGGCAAGAAGAUCAAGAUUGAGCCCUCCCUUAUAGAGGACGAUGAGGACAAGGAGGAGCCCCCCCCGGCCUCUGUGCCCAAGCCUUCACAGGUUCCCGGGACACAGUCCGCCAUUGACGUCACUGCCGAGUUUCUGCUACCGCUGCUGUCCCCCGAGAACGUGGCCAAUCUGGUGCUGAUCAGCAUGGUGUACCUGCCCGACAUCAUGCCCGCCUCCUUCCAAGCCACAUACACCCCCGUAGAGUCAGCUGGUACGGAGGCCCAGAUCAAACAUUUGGCCAGGCUUAUGGCAACCCAGAUGACCUCUGCUGGGAUUGGACCUGGUCUAGAACAGUCUAAGUUGCGGGAUGAGGACACGGGGAAGGAUGGGGUGGAGAUAGAGGGUGGCAUGGAGUCCUCGCCCAGUUCCAGGGACCAACUCAUCAAGCGCAGGGUCUCCGCUGUGUCCCUGGGACAGGCCAUCUCUGUGCUGGGAGGGUAUGGUGGGAAGACCCAGUUGAGCGACACAGAGGAGACACCUCAGGUCAAGAGGCUGCCUGAGCCUAUCCUGCCCUCCUCACAGACCAGAGUGUCUGGUACGAGCGGACGGAAGAAGGUGUUCCGACUGGCUGACGUGAUCCAGCCCUUAACCGAGGUCCAAACGGAGAAGUUGACUAACAUGAGUGUGAAGCGCAUAUUACAAGCAGAGAAAGCAGUUGCACGCAGUGGGAUGGCCCAUGUGCGUGUGAAGCUGCUCUCUAGACUGGUGACCCAGUUUGAUGGGGUGAUGAAAGAGGAAGUGCUGGAGUUUGUCCUGGAGGACAUUCGGAGCCGCUGUGACUUGGCCUUCUCACUCCUUUACCAGGAGUACAACACCUACCUCAGUCAGCUCCCCACUGGAACCCUGGACAGUUAUGACCACUGUCUCAUCACCCUGCUUUCUGGUUUGCAGGAGAAGCCAGAACAGAGGGAUGGACUGUUCACUAAACUGGUUCUGGAAGCACCACUGAUCACUGAGUCUGCCCUGGAAGUCAUCCGCCGUUAUUGUGAGGAUGAGUCUAGAGUGUACCUGGGCAUGACCACCUUGAAGGAGCUCAUAGUGAAGCGGCCCUCCCGGCAGUUCCAGUACCUGCACGUCCUGCUGGAUCUGAGCUCCCAUGAAAAGGACAAGGUGCGCUCCAACGCCCUCACCUUCAUCAAGCGCCUGUAUGAGAGGGACCAGCUGAGGGACUACAUAGAGAAGUUUGCGCUUAACUACAUGCAGCUGCUCGUGCACCCCAACCCACCUUCCCUGCUGUUCGGGGCCGACAAGGACACGGAGGUGGCCUCGCCCUGGACAGAGGAGACAGUGAAGCAGUGCUUGUAUCUCUACCUCUCCCUCCUGCCCCUGAAUCACCGUCUGGUCCACGAGCUGGCGUCUGUCUACACAGAGGCCAUCGCCGACAUCAAGCGGACCAUCCUGCGUGUGAUCGAGCAGCCUAUACGGGGCAUGGGCAUGAACUCGCCGGACCUGCUGCUGCUCGUGGAGAACUGCCCCAAGGGAGCAGAAACGCUGGUCACCCGCUGCUUGCACAUUCUCACUGACAAAGUCCCUCCGUCGCCAGAGCUGGUGGAGAGGGUGAGGGACCUGUACCACAAACGGGUGCCGGAUGUCCGUUUCCUCAUCCCUGUGAUCAAUGGACUGGAGAAGAAAGAGGUCAUUCAGGCUCUGCCCAAGCUCAUCAAGCUCAACCCUAUUGUGGUGAAGGAAGUUUUCAAUCGCCUCCUGGGGACUCAGCACAGUGAAGGAAGCUCGUCGAUGUCUCCUCUCACACCAGGAGAGCUUCUCAUCUCUCUGCACAACAUCGAUACCAGCAAGUGCGACAUGAAGUCCAUCAUCAAAGCCACCAACCUGUGCUUCGCGGAGAAGAACGUGUACACGUCGGAGGUCCUGGCUGUGGUGAUGCAACAGCUGAUGGAACAGAACCCACUGCCUAUGCUGCUGAUGCGCACAGUCAUCCAGUCUCUUACGAUGUACCCACGGCUGGGCGGCUUCGUCAUGAACAUCUUGUCACGCCUCAUUCUCAAGCAGGUGUGGAAGUACCCCAAAGUGUGGGAGGGUUUCGUCAAGUGCUGCCAGCGCACCAAGCCACAGUCCUUUAACGUGCUCUUGCAGCUGCCUCCACCGCAGCUCACCAGUGUGUUUGAGCGCUGCCCCGAGAUGAGGGAGCCGCUGUUGCAGCACGUUCAUUCUUUCACCCCGCACCAGCAAGCCCGCAUCCCAUCCUCCAUUAUGGCUGUCCUCGAGGCCAAUACUCAGCAGGAGCUUGAACAUGCUGAUCCUGAUGACAGAGAGAUGGAGUAUCCGGGUUCGGGGCCAGCAGUGGGAGUGUUAACAGAAACCCUGCCGGUGACCCAGAAGGAUACAGAUUCACAGGUCGUGCAGUUUCAAGCCAACGAGGAAGACGAGGAGGAGCCCAUGGAGGAAGGAGAGCCAGCUUUGGCCAGUCAGAGCGCUCAUGCAGACACGGUUCCUCAGGAGGAGGGUCUCGAGGUGGAUGAAAGCUCUGUUGCAGAGACUUUGGAGAAGGCAGAUGAGCCAAUGGAAGAGGCUGCGAUGGAGUCGCAGCCAUCGGUUGAGCGGUCUAAAGAAGUGAUGGAAGACAAUAGUGUGGAAGCAGAGACCGGGACGGCGGAUGCAGAAUGAAGAGAUGGGGAGAGAAGUCAGCCGGAUCGCAAAUGAAUUUGGAAUCAGGGUGGGAAAGAAUAAUAAGAAACGCCGCACUAUUUGAACCAAGAAAGGCCUGGUGUUAACGCUCUAUGUUCGGCUUUCUCACAGAAACACUCUAAGGAACAACCAAUUCAAAGACCUUUUCAAUGAAAAUGUUCUUGUGUAUCUGAAAGUGGAAACUUAAUUCUAC